AUGGCUCUCAGAUACACGGCGGCCUUUAUACCCCUCGCCCUGGGCGCAUUGGCGGCCAACGCCAGCUUCCAAACCAACCAACCUGUAUUCACAAACAUCAUCUCCCAACACCCCACAAUCGACCUCAUCGGCGAGAAUGCCACAUACCCAUUCGCGCAUGAAGCUCCCGUCUAUAUCCCGUCCACGGGCGACUUGUUCGUAGCAGGAAACUACCAAACAGAGUCCGGUGGCCAACCGAUCCAGGUCUCAAAGAUCAAGCGCAACGGGGAUGGCACAUAUACGCGCGAGCUCAUAAACCCAGACAUCCCCAUGGCCAAUGGCGGCAUCAACUACAAGGACGGAAUACUGUUUUGCGCCCAGGGGACAGAACAGCGUCCCUCGGCGCUCAUCUGGAUGAACACGACAGCGCCCUACAAAACGACAACUCUGCUCGAUAACUUCCACGGCCGCCGCUUCAACUCAUUAAACGACGUCGUCAUCCACUCGGAUGGCAGCAUUUGGUUCACGGACCCUACGUACGGAUAUGACCAGGGUUUCGCGGCGAGCCCGGAACUCCCCAACCAGGUUUACCGGUUUGAUCCCGACACUGGUGAUGUGCGCGCCGUGGCGGAUGGGAUCGGGCAACCGAAUGGGAUUGCGCUUUCGCCUGAUGAGAGUAUACUCUAUGUUACUGAUACUGAUGCACAGUGGGGAAAUGGGGAUAAGAGUCUUGCUAGGGCGGCGACUAUUUACGCAUUCGAUGUAAAGUACUACUCCGGCGCCCCGUUCCUCGUAAACCGGCGGGUCUUCGCAUUCGCCGAUAACGGUAUCCCAGAUGGAAUAAAAUGCGAUACGGACGGGAAUGUGUACAGCGGGUGCGGAGACGGGGUGCACGUCUGGUCUCCGGCUGGAGUGCUACUCGGCAAGAUCCUGCUUCCUGGAGUGUCGGCGAAUCUGUGCUUCGGUCGUCCCGGGGAGAUGUUUGCCUUGAAUGAGUAUCGGCUGUGGAGAGUUGGCCUGGAUAGCAGCGUUCGGGGGGAUAUUCUCAAGUUAUGA